AUGAUAUAUUUGGAUUCAGCGGCUGCUCUGCUGGCUCUCCAGCAUGGGUCAGCUAGGGCUCGUCCUGGCCUGCUGGUGGAGAUCCUGUGCUGCCUCCUAAGGGUUGAGAAGUCGGGGUGCUCUGUCGAGUUUAUGUGGGUGCCGGGUCACUCGGGGGUGGAAGGCAACGAAAGAGUGGACAGACUAGUGAAAGAGGCUCUGCGUAAAGACUCAGUGGAGUUCGAGGUAUUGAUGGGAAGGUCUCUGACGACUUCACCUCCCGCCUCACAGUCCAGGCUGCAGAUGGGCAAGGACAUGAAGGAUGAGGAUAAGUUGUACAGAUACAAGGGGGUUUUGUACCCAUGCCUCAUGUGCCCAGAAGACCAUCUGAACGCUCUUGAAAACAUGGAGGCCAGAGAAGAAGACCUCAUGCUUGUGGCUUAUCCCAAAUGUGGCUUUAACUGGAUGGUUGGGGUAAUAAGGAAGAUCAUCACCGAGGCGACUGGGGUGAAACCUGAAACCAAGAUGCCACCACUGAUUGAGUUUAUGGGGCCAGAGGUCCUAAAGGCCUUGAAUGGGACUCCUUCUCCGAGGUUUCUGGGGACUCACCUGCACCCUGACAACAUCCCUGCCUCCUUCUAUACAAAGAAACCUAAAAUGCUGGUUAUCUUCAGAAACCCAAAAGACACUGCGGUCUCCUUCUAUCAUUUCUGCAACAACAACCCAGUCCUUCCCUCUGUGAAGUCCUGGGACUCCUUCUUCUCCGACUUCAUAAGUGGAGACGUUCCCUGGGGGUCAUACUUUGAACAUGCUUUAGCCUGGGAGAAGAGAGCGGACGACCCUAAUGUCAUGCUUAUUACCUACGAGGAGCUAAAACAGGACCUCAGUGAGGGCGUCAGUCAAAUCAGCACAUUCUUUGGCUUCAGCCUGACCAAGAACCAGGUCCAGCAGAUUGCAGAAGGGAGCACCUUCAACGCAAUGAAGACGUCCUCCGCCAAUGCUCACACUUUGGGAAAUAUCAUCUUCAGGAAAGGCGAGAUUGGGGACUGGAAGAAUCACUUUACACCAGAACAGAGCAGAGAGAUGGACGAGGCCUUCAACAAACACCUGGCAGGAACCAGGCUUGGAACUAAACUCAACUACCAAAUGCACUGUCAGUAGGGAGGAGGAAAAAAGGGAGGGAAACAAUUUUUUUAAAAAAAGGGGACUUCUCUGCCCUGAGCUGAGGCUGACAGAUUCCCCCCUUUAGGCAAGAUCUGCACAUAUCUCUUUUUCACCAGAUUUGGACUUAAGCCCAGAGGCAUCAUGACUACUUUAUUAUUCUUAAGGAUAUUGUUGGGUAAAAAUCUGAGGGGAAAAACUGCUCGGGAGGCUCAGUUCAGGAAUAAAAGUCCCUUUGAAAGGCUAAAGGAAAGAAGGAAGGAAUGAGAGAAAGAUUGUGCAAAGGGGGAAAAUAUGUAUUUUGGGGAACUCCAACAUUUUGUUGCUGUAUAAGGUCUAUAAAAGAAAUCAGUUAAGGACUAGUUAAACAUUGUUAGAAAUGAAUAUCCGUUUUAUAUGUUAAAAGUUGAGAAACCAGCCAGGUCAUCUGACUAUGAUUACCAAGAUCAGAUGACUAUUGUUACUUGACUGACAGAAAACACCACCAGGAAUUCAUCAUUUGCAAAACAGCACAAAUGGAAGACUUUGCCAGGAUUUAAAAGCUUCAGAUACUUAUCAUGACUUGAAAUAUGUCGUCAAAAAUGAGAUGUUAUCCAAUGUGAUGAUGUAGAGACAAAUCUACAAACCAUAUCAGCCCUGUAGAUUGCCCUGAAACAGCAGUUUGCCUUUUGGCUAACUAAGCUAACUGCCUGCUGGCUUAUUUGUAAUCCUGAGACAGUAGCAGUAGCAGUGGCAUCAAUGUGUUCGUCAAAAUCUACACAAAAAAACAAGUGAUCUGAAAACUUGUCAAACUACUCCUUUAAAAAUCUUCCUUAUGAUGAUUCCUCAUCUUUAGUCUGUCUGUGAAAUGUAGACAUGUCAGUGCAAACAACAACAGUUUAAUACAUGCCAAUAAUGAAAACGAUGCUUAAUUCAUGUAAAAGUUUUGGUAGAGCAAAUUGUUCUCCAAGUUCAGGAAACUGAGUGUUUUAAUUUAAAUCAGUUGACAGAAAGGGUAAAAUUUUUCUGUUCUGUCAGUCAGAUGCUGGAGUCACAAAAGCAUACUGAUUUGGUUUUUGGAAUAAAAAGAAUUACAGCUUCAGGCACAACAUGGGGGUUUCAGCAAGCAGCCAAUAUGGUUUCAGGUACCUUACAGGAUUGUGAUUAGCCAGGCCAGUUCAUUUGAUUAUUUGUUUGCCCUCUAUGUUUGAUUUUCUGCUAAAAUAAAUGGAGCAUUGUUUGAGAGUCUCAGGUGUCAGAUUUAUCUGGAAGGAUACCCCAGGGUUCUUUAUUUUCAAACCUGUUUACAACACAUAGCAGGUAAAUUGUCCUCAAAUUGGCAGCUUUAUGACCUCACUCAAGUUGAGAAAUUGGGAUAAAUAAUUAUUUUAUGUGGUUACAGGCUUAUCCCUGUUUUUAUGUGAAUUACAUACAUGAUGUAAAUGUACAUGAUGAUCAUUAUGAAAAUAAAGCCUUUCCAGAACACAUA